GUUAGGAUUAUACUAAAAUAUCAUUGAAAUGUUUUACUUGGGCAAUUUUUCUUGUGAGUACAUGAUACCCUCCCCCUGAAAAACUCUUUGGUGAGAACUGAGACCUAAACACCAACGAAGCAGAAUUCCAUAAAAAGCUACUGCGUACUGGAAUCUUCUUUCUCCCUCUUCUCAAUUCAGUUUCCGGCGAUUGCUUCAUUUUCCGAUAAGGUGUUUGUAGAGUUCCUCUGUAUUUCUUUGAGGCAUAAGACAAGAUGUUGGCUGCUACAAACAAUAGUGAAAGUGCUUUAUCCGUGGCUGGCCCUAGGCCUGGAAUGGAGUGGUCAACUGUUCCAUACUCUGUUCCUCAGGUUCCUGGUCCGAAUGGAAGGCAACGUACAUCAAGUUUGGAAUCACCAAUCAUGCUAUUGACUGGUCACCAAAGUGCAAUCUAUACUCUGAAGUUUAAUCCGACAGGGACAGUCAUUGCUUCAGGUUCACAUGAUCGAGAAAUUUUCUUGUGGAAUGUGCAUGGAGAUUGCAAAAACUUCAUGGUUCUGAAGGGUCACAAGAAUGCCGUCCUUGACCUUCAUUGGACCACUGAUGGAACUCAGAUAGUUUCAGCUAGUCCUGAUAAAACAGUUAGAGCAUGGGACGUGGAAACAGGGAAACAAAUCAAAAAAAUGGCUGAGCAUUCCUCAUUUGUUAAUUCUUGUUGUCCUGCUCGAAGGGGUCCGCCUCUUGUUGUUAGCGGGUCAGAUGAUGGAACUGCAAAGCUUUGGGAUAUGCGUCAAAGGGGUGCCAUUCAGACAUUCCCAGACAAAUACCAAAUAACUGCUGUCUGCUUCUCUGAUGCGUCUGAUAAAAUUUACUCUGGUGGGAUAGAUAACGAUGUUAAAGUGUGGGAUGUUCGCAAAAAUGAGGUAAUGAUGACCCUCCAAGGUCACCAGGAUAUGAUAACCGGGAUGUCUUUGAGUGCUGACGGAUCUUAUCUUCUCACUAAUGGUAUGGAUUGCAAGCUUUGCAUAUGGGACAUGCGCCCGUAUGCUCCUCAAAAUCGUUGUGUGAAGGUUCUGGAAGGUCAUCAGCACAACUUUGAGAAGAACUUGUUGAAAUGUGCUUGGUCUCCUGAUGGUAGCAAAGUUACUGCCGGAAGUGCAGACCGAAUGGUUUACAUAUGGGAUACAACCUCUCGACGUAUUUUAUACAAGCUCCCUGGUCAUACUGGCUCUGUUAAUGAAUGUGUUUUCCACCCGGAAGAGCCCAUUAUUGGAUCAUGCAGUAGUGACAAACAGAUCUACCUUGGGGAGCUGUAAACUGUUUUUACUUGUCGAUACGAACACAUUCAGCUUUGAUAUCACUCGAUUGUGCAAUCGUCACCGUUUUCCUCUUUCAGAUUUGUCACCACUAAUUAUCAUUUUCCCUUUAGCUUAGAACUUGCUGCUUCAGGGUAGAGUUUCUCUAAUGCUACUGGUUUUGUUCCAUUUUAAAUCGCGCUCUUUCUGGGCGAUUCUCGGACUGAAUUAGAUUUUUGUAUGCAAUGGUUGUCGUGGUGUUCUUAUGAGGUAGGAAUUAGGAUUGAGUGUUAUCAUUUAUCAUGACUUCAAUUGGGUUAGUACUGAAAAAAUUAGCAUAGUUUCAAAUGAAAUGUAAUUGUUGUCA